AUGGUCAAACGAAAUCUUGUGCAAGCCCCUGCUACAUUCUUGGAUAUAUUGGGCAGUGAUAGUCUGAAGCUGAACUCACUCUCAGAAGCAGUUCAGCAGGAAAUUGCGCCGUACGAUAGCAGCGUAAAUUAUAUCAGUAUCACAGCAGUAGAUGAGCUGGCUCUUGUCUUACUCCGUGGACCUGACGACCAAAUGUUUGCAAUUCAUGCGACCUGUGCUAAGUUUGGGUAUAUCAAAAGCGAAAAGGAUAACAUGCGCAGCGACUCCUGUUUUUAUUAUAUGUUUGACGCUGCAUACAACGGGCGCCGGUCUUUCAUGCAAUCAAGUUUUUACCAAGAGCGACAAGACAAAUCGCUCGGAUUGCGGCGAUAG